AUGUCUCCAGCAGAGGCAGAAACAAAAGCCGCAGGCACAACGCCCUCGCAGGCUCAGCUCUUCGAGGCCAUUGGCGCACAAGUUGACCAAGUCGCAUCGGCAACAACAGGCGCAGCGCAAGAUGACGCAGACGACGGCCCACCACCGGUCGAGGAGAUCGAGUCCCUCUGCAUGAACUGCCACGAGAACGGCACGACACGACUCCUCCUCACCCGCAUCCCCUUCUUCCGCGAGGUCGUCCUCAUGUCGUUCCGAUGCGACCACUGCGGCUUCCAAAACAGCGAGAUCCAGAACGCGGGCGCCGUGCAGCCGCGCGGCACGCACGUCGAGCUCCGCCUGACGGCCAUGCAGGACUUUUCGCGACAGGUCGUCAAGGCCGACACGGCGACGGUCAAGUUCAUCGAGUUGGACGUCGAGGUACCGCCGGGCCGUGGCCAACUCACAAACGUCGAGGGUCUGUUGUCCACCAUUAUUGACGACCUCGAAAGCACCCAAGUGGAGCGCAUGGAGAAACAACCCGAGGUGGCGGAAAAGGUUGCAGAGGUCAUCGAGAAGGGACGCAGGAUGCUCGCCGGCGAGUCCUUCCCGUUCCGGGUAUACGUCGACGACCCGGCCGGCAACUCAUGGAUCCAGCCGGACCCGCGCGAUGGCGUUGGAAAGUGGGAGAAGCGCGACUUCACUCGCACACCAGAGCAGAACGCCGCCCUCGGCUUGGCCGAUACCGAUGCGCCGUCGGGUCCUGGCGGCGUCAUUCCCCUCGGCGGCCAGGGCAGGCUCGACGAGAACGACAACAUUAUCCCCGACGAGGUUUACAGCUUCCCGGCCAGCUGCCCCGGCUGCAUGCACCCUUGCGUUACGCACAUGAAGAUGGUUGAUAUCCCCCACUUCAAGCAGGUCGUGCUCAUGAGCACCGUCUGCGACCACUGCGGCUACCGCUCCAACGACAUCAAGACGGGCGGCGCCGUCCCCGAAAAGGGCCGCAGGCUGACACUGCAGGUCAAGUCGGACGUCGACCUGGCCCGUGACAUUCUCAAGUCGGAGAGCUGCGCGCUCGAGUGCCCAGAGCUGAACCUCUCCGUCAACCCGGGCACACUCGGCGGCCGUUUCACCACCGUAGAGGGUCUGCUCACUCAAGUGCGCAACGACCUCAAGGCCCAGAUCUUCGAGGCCGACUCCACCCCGAAUCCCAGCAACGCCGAGGGUGCCAUCUCGAUGGAAGGCGGCGACUCGCUGUCGACCGAGGACAGGACGAGGUGGCAGGCCUUCUUCACCGAGCUGGACAAGGCCAUCGCCGGCGAGCGUGAAUUCUCCAUCGUCCUUGCCGACCCGCUGGCCAGCAGCUAUAUCCAGAGCUUGGCCGAUGAUCCGAGCAAGCCCGACUCACAGAUGACGGUCGAAGACUACGACAGGACGGAGGAGGAGGAGGAGGAGUUGGGACUGAAGGAUAUCAAGGUGGAGGGCUAUGAGGAGGACAGCAAGAAGGAGGAGGAUAAAGUUGAGACGGCGGAUGCGGCACCCAGCAGCACCGCUUGA